AACCAGUUGAAGAAGCGAACGUAGUCCUCUUUUGACACCUUCCAUUAUAGUUUAUACCUUAGAGGAGAGGGGGGCGAAAAAAAAAAAAAAAGAAAGAAAAAAAGAAGAAGAAAAAAUUAAGGAACAAGAGAUGAUGAGUGGUAGUGCAUCAGUUGAGAACGCUUUGAGAUGUUUGGGGAGGGGAUUUGAUGUUUCAUGCGACUUCAGGCUCAAGUACUGCAAGGGGAAGGUCGCGGCGGCGAGCGACGAGAAGGCGGAGCUCAUCGUGCCCGGAUUCGGAGCGUUUCGCGACGUCCCGGUCGACGUCAAGUGCGACAAGGGCGACCGGAUCCGGUUCCGCUCCGACGUGCUCGAGUUCAACAAGAUGUCUGAGUUGUUCAACCAAAGGAGCUCAUUGAGUGGAAAGAUACCAUCAGGUUUAUUUAACUCCAUGUUCCUCUUUGAUGGGAGCUCAUGGGCUCAAGAUGCUGCAAAGACCAAGUGCUUGGCCUUGGAUGGCUACUUCAUCUCCCUCUUCAACCUCCGCCUCGAUUCGCAGCCGCUCGCCCUCUCGUCGCACAUCGUCGACGCAGUCCCUUCCACCUGGGACCCAGCUGCUAUCGCAAGCUUCAUUGAGAACUAUGGGACACACAUAAUAGUAGGGCUAAGUAUGGGGGGAAAAGAUGUUGUUUAUGUAAAGCAGGAAAAUUCAUCUCACCUUACCCCAUGUGAAAUUAAGGAGCACUUGGAUAAGCUUGGAGAUCAACUGUUUACUGGGACUUGCACUCUCCCUCCACUUCCCUGGAAAUCGAAAGAACAUAAAAACAAGGCUCCAGAGGCUUUUAAUGUAUUUGACACACAGCCAAAGCUUGAAGGCCUCUGCCCAGUCACAUGCAAAGAGGGUGUGACAGUCAUCUGCUCGAAGAGGGGCGGCGAUGCAUCGGUGAGCAGCCAUUCUGAAUGGCUUCUAACCGUUCCGAAAUUGCCCGACGUAAUUAACUUCACCUUCGUACCGAUUACCUCUCUCCUUAAGGGUGUUCCGGGCACCGGUUUCUUAUCUCAUGCCAUAAAUCUCUAUCUAAGAUAUAAACCUCCUAUAAAUGAAUUGAAGUACUUCUUGGAUUUCCAACACCACAAAAUGUGGGCUCCUAUGCACAAUGACCUUCCCCUCGGUCCAAGCUCAAACAGAUCAGUCCCAACACCAGCUUUACAAUUCACACCUAUGGGCCCUAAGCUAUGUGUUAACACAAAUCAGGUGGGAUUAUUCUUCAUCUACCUCAAAUUCUAUUGUAAUGUACUCAAUACCUAUUUUAACACUUCAUUAUCUCAGGUUAUUGUCAAGAAAUGGCCAGUUACUGGAAUGAGACUCCACCUGGAGGGCAAGAAAAAUAACCGGUUAGCUAUCCAUCUCCAACAUUUAACAUGCACCCCAAAAUUCAUCAAGGUCCAGCCCGAUAAGCCGCCACUGUGGCGGGGAUCAGAUGACAUAGCCGACGAGAGGUACUGUGAACCAGUCCAGUGGAAGAUGUUUGCACAUGUGUGCACUGCGCCGGUGAAGUACGACCCAAACUGGUUGAUCUCCGGCAGAGGCACCGCAUUCAUUGUAACGGGGGCUCAGCUAGAUAUUAAGGUCCAUGAAUCUACAAAUGUAUUGCACCUGAGGCUCCUAUACUCUGAGGUGCCCGGCUGCAUCGUGAGCCAAUCCAAGUGGGUACAUAGCCCAUCUGGCUUCUCGGAGAAAAUGAGCUUCCUGUCGAUGUCAUUCCCGACAUCGUCUAGCGGCCUGGAGAAAGAAAAGCAGCAGGGUCCGGUUUUCAAUUUGGACUCCGCCGUGUUCCCCACCGGCCCGCCGGUGCCCGUGGGGGCCCAAAAGAUGUUGAAGUUUGUAGACACUUCUCAUGUAGCCACAGGCCCCCAGGACAGCCCCGGCUACUGGCUCGUCACCGGCGCAAAGCUAGAAUUGGACAAGGGGAGGAUUAUGCUGAAUGUGAAGUUCUCACUGCUCAUUUCAGUUUCUUGAUUCAGAUUGUACAGGUUGAUGUUGCUAACUAGAAUUCAUCAAUACAGGGUGAUGUUGCUAACUAGAAUUCAUCAAACCUGAUCGAAAAUGAAAAAAGCUAACCAGAUUUCAAUGUUAAGGCCUGAUGAGCAGAAAGCAGAAAGUUCACCUGCAACGAAUGUACAGAUGGAUAAUUGUGUAUAAUGAAAGUGGAGAUUAAAUUGUAUCAGCAACUAACAGUCUCGACAAUCGGAUCAUGCAGAAUAAUAAAUAUUCUCUAUUCAAGUCAAUAAAGAUUACGUAUGAAACCAACAAUUGCAGGAUGAUUUUUAUGAGCGACUUUCAGGCAAAUAUAAAAUAAUUAUAUCGUUUGUUCCAGACUUGACUUUCAACCAAAUCAAACUUGAAAUUCAUGCUACGACAAAUUUGGGACUUUGAAAAGAAUUAAACCCGAAAUUUAUGGUAGAAAGAGAAAUCCAGUACAAAUGAUAUUGUAGGACACCAAGU